GGGGGGGGGGGGAUCACUCGUACGCCUUGUCGACAGGUCAGUGAGCAUCUGAGACUGAAAUAAGGACGCUUUUCAGAAAACAUUGUUUUGUUUUGUUUUGUUUUGGUUCCCAACUCCCACACAGGAAGUGACGCUACAAAAUCAAGGGGUCGUGUGGUCGUCAGCAUGGCGGAGCCGGCAGAGCUGCUGCUGAUCAAGGACCGGUACGAGCUGGCCUUCCGCUGCCUGAGCCGCGGCCUGUCGCUGGAGGAGGGCGGCCAGGGCUCCGAAGCCGCCGAGUACUACCGCAAGGGCCAGCAGCACCUCAUGCAAGGCCUGGCCGUGCCCACCGGGGGGCCGCGUCACAGGGGCCCGCUGUGGGAGCGCGCCCGAGAGCUGCAGCGGAGGAUGGGAGGCGCACUGGCCACCGUCGGCGCCCACCUCUCCGCCCUGGACGCCUCGCGGGCGCCCCCUCCCGCCCAGAGGCAGCGGCUGCUCGCGGACCUCACCCCCAGCCUUUAUCCCGUGCAGCACUUGUACCCCUCCAUCCCUCCGCCCCUCCCGGCGAGGACCGCGCAGCCCUCCAUGUCCCUGCCGCCCGUGUACUCGCCCCAGCCCGCCGAAGGCCACCGCAGUCUGGCCGGCGGGGCCGGGCCGGGCGAGUCGGGCGAACCGAGCUCGGCGGCGUCGGAGAGCGCCAGCGAGCUGCUCCUGAUCCCCGCCGGGGUGCAGAUGUUCUUCGUGGCUCCCGGCGGGCAGGUGAGCGCCCUGUCGCAGCCCGGAUACCUUCGCGUCGUCAGCUUUGACCCCCAGCCGCCGGAUCAGAGGGGGGCCGUCUUCCUGGAUGUGUGCGGCUGGCUGCACUCGCUCACCCGCCACACGCCGGUGCUGCUGGCCCCGUCCGGCAUCUUCAUGCUGCCGGACACGCUGGCACCCGUGCCGGGCGCUUUUAUCGGCGUGGUGCUGUCGUCGCAGCUGCCCGCCGCCGAGCGGGAGACGUUCCGGGACCUGAUGACGCAGCUGACCGACUUCAGGGUGCAGAGUCCCGACAGCGUGGGUUCUGAGGUCAUCAGCCUGAGUGAGACGGUCCCCCUCGGGCCUCAGGUGGCGUUCCCCGAGAAAGAGGUCAAAGCGCCUCUUCCGACUUGGAGUGAGAAGAUGGGACAGGGACUCAUGACAGGGGCCACCCGGUUGGGCAACGAGGUGGUCCGAGGGGCCGAGGCCACCACCAGGGCCAUUCAGAGGGGGGCGCUGAAGAUCCGGGACCGGCUGACGCCCGAGGAGACGCCCUCCGAGGUCAGCCCGCAGGUCUCCAAGGGCCUGCAGGCGGCCAAGCAGGCCACGGGAGGCGCUCUGCGGGUCAGCCAGUUCUUGGUGGACGGGGUGAGCACGAUGGCGGAGCAUCUGGCGGAGAAGGUGGCGCCUCACGUGAAGAAGCACGGCGCCAAGCUCAUCCCGGAGUCCAUGAAGAGCAAAGAGGGGGAGCCGUCCAAUUUCCAGGGAGCCAGAUUUGUUGCCGCCAGAAGCCUGCAAGGCUUCACCACCGUGUGGACAAGCCUGGAGACGGGAGCCAAGCUGGUGGCCAAGAGCGUGUCGUCCGAAACGGUCAACACGGUGACGUACAAGUACGGCAACGACGCCGGUCAGGCCACCGACACAGCGCUGCGCUCGGUGACCAACGUGGGCGUGACGGCGUACAACGUGGACAACUUGGGGCUGAAGGCCAUCCUGAAGACCACCGGCAAGGAGAUGGCCAAAGGCAUCGUGAAGAGCUCCAAGGGCGCAGAGGCGGACAAAGUCCCCGAGGGAACGCCGGGGACGUCGCAGGGGGGACAGGCAACCACCAGAGACGACAAGGACAAGGAAAUGCAGAAAGACAUGGCGGACGAGGGCAAAAAAGAGACUUGAUAAAUAACCGGCCAGACAUUGGACAUAUUUCCGGGGGGGACGCUAACAAUCGGGGUAAAACUGUAAUUUCCGACUGUCUCUGAAGGCAGCAUCUCACUUUUUUUAAGUGGGAGCGAGGACAAGAAGUUGGACGGACAGACACAUUGUGAUCGCCAAGAUAGACCCUUUGGAAACACAGACAGAUAGUAGAUAAAUACAUAAAUAUAUUUGAUAGAUGGUUAGCUUUGCAAAAGCUGAUUUGUUUGAAUUUGAGCUCUUUUGAUUGUGUAGUCGGUCGACGUAACUUUGUCUGUACAUAUAUCUAUAUAUUUUCCCAAGGUUUCUUCAUGAGGUGUUUUCUUUAGACAAUUUAUUUUCGCCUCAAUAAUCAAAUUAUACCUAUUAAACUCAUGAAUUGUUCAUAAUCGAUGACGAAUUGUCGCAAUCUUAGCUAAUUAAAAGCGUGAUUGCUUUUCAUUUCCGGUUUCGCUUGGCAGCCAAAAAGUCAACUAAACGACUACCGAGACUUUGCGUGAAGUGAAACUAAUGAUUCUUUUUGUCAGUCACUAUGCCUGUAAUUGUAAUUAUAUAUUUUUUAAAGUAUGACUUUUCGACCUAAAUUUGACCUUGUUUGUACUGUACUUUAAUUUGGUUAAAAACAAAAUCUCAGUCGUUCUAGAGCAGAUUAAAAGGCAACCCAGAGUCUCAUAAAAUAAUUUUGUCGUUACAUUUUAUCGUCGAGUUUUGUUUUCCACGAUGCCGUUUUCUGCUAAGGGUCCACGCGACAAGGGAGGAGGAGACGAACAAGAGGAGUCAUGUUGACAUUCUUGAUUUCCUCCCUUUCCUCCCCUUUCAACAAGUCACCUGCCGCCGAGGGCUCGGUGGAGGCUGCGACCAUCAGUGAUCUUGACGGAGGGGGGCGUCCGUCCGGGUGCUUGCCCGAUUAGCCGCCUUGUUUCUGUCAGCACUUUGUAGUCCUCCUCCUCAUCAUCGUUCCAUGAGCUUAUCGUGAGGCCG